GACUUUUUUUUAUUUUGUGCUUUUGAUUUCGGCCAUGGAGGUUUGUUUAGGCUGGUUUCGGCAAAGAAGAAGUUUCGAAAUUGUAUUGCGUCAAGUGAUUCGCCGAUAAUGUUAAUUUUCUACACAUAAUGGAAGCGUCCGCGAAAAACACUGAUCAUGAAUCUGCGAACGGAAGCACAGACAAUGCUCAGGAGGAUCAGCUACUCACGCAGCUGCGAAAGGAGAAAGAAAACAUGGAAGCCGACUUUGGACAGAAGAGGGCGAGGUUCAUGGAACUGUUCAUGCAGAAGGAAGAAGAGCUCAAGGAUGAGCAAGAGAAGCGAGAAGCCUUGGAAGAAAGCUUGAGAAGAUUGCAAGCGGAGCUUGAUGAGGCACGAUCUCUGGUCAUGGUUGCCGAAUGCCAGAGGGAGAAUGACCUCGAGGCCGAGAGGCGGAAAUGCAACGAGGAAGUCGCCAAUCUCCAGCACAUCAUGAAAGAGCACGUACAAGAUGCGACACGGUCGUCAAGUCGGUACGAGAAAGAGAUCGCUCGUUACAAGAAGCAGGCUGAGAAACUAGAACAGGAACUCACAGAGCUUAGAUCACAGCAGGCUCGGGAAAGGGAAGGCGUGCUUGCGGUGGUGACGAAGUCCCUAAAGCAGAAAGUGGGCAAUCUCUCCCCUAACCCGUUUUCCUCUUCCAGCGACAGCUCCGUUGAAAACCUGGAAGAGAGUAUGCGCAAAGCUCAGGAAGAUGCUGAAAUGCUUCGGUCUUUAGUGAUACCCUUAGAAGAAGAAAUCAAAGCCCUUAAAGACAAGUUGCGUUCUACAGAUGAGCAGCUGCAUGUGUAUGAAGCUGCAUUUGCGGGCCUCGUGCGAGGGCUUGGUUCAGGAAACCUCAGUGACGCUGUGCGUGGAAAGACUCCCGCUGAAGUGAUUGGACACUUGGACGACAAGUUCACCAGUCUGUGUCAGGGACUACAAGCUGAAAAGGCAUCCCGAAGUGAUCUGGAGAUGUAUGUGGCUGUGCUGAACACUCAGAAGGCUGUGAUGCAGGACGAUAUGGACAAACUGCGUAAAGAACUGCAAGAAGUCUGCCAGCUGUUGGAGCGUGAAAAACGGGACCAUGCCAACUUGAAACGGACGUGGCAGCGGGCAAACGACCAGUUUCUCGAGGCGCAGCAGGCGCAUGUGCGCGACUUGGCCCGUCUCCACUCUGUGCUGUCCCCGGAACAGCAGAGACGAGCUCUUGCCAUGCAGAAGGAAACUCAACAGGCUCUUCCUCCUCUCCAUAUACAAGUGGCACAUCAGCCAUCCAAAGAGCAGGAACUUGAAGUGUCCGCAGCACCGCAGCAGCAGAGGCGUUCCAUUUCUCCGUUGCAGUCAAUUAGCCCUAUGAUCAGCAAGCGCUUCAAGGCAGUUGAACCACGCUUUGCACGGCUAUCCAAUCUCCUCGAUCAUUCUUUACAAAAUAAGAUGCAUAGUUCCCCAGCACACCUGAACAUCAAUGACCCUGAUGCUGCCCCACUAAUGACACGACGGAAACAUCAUCGAUCUCUAUCGAGUUCCGACCUACCCUUGGAACGUGACACAGCGGAUUCGAAUGACGUGGUGGACUGGUGCAACAGAGAGCCCGACACACAGUCGCUGAUUGUGGGGAUCAACGGAGGAGGUGGAGAAACAGUUGACAGAAGAGCUGCUGAGACGUCGGUGAUAUUGACAAAAGAUCAAGUCAACGCAUUAUCUGGUUCCACAUCAGACAUGGAAGCCAGGAAGUCCCUCCUGGACACAGCACGUAUGGAACACGAGCAAGGGUACUCCGUUGGCAAACGGGUGGUCAGCGAUAAAGAAUGGUCGCAGCUGGAAGAGGAGCUGAGACGGACACGAGAGAGGCUAUGCCAGCCCUGCGAGAUGUGCCACAACUAUGAGCUGCAGCUGCAGCAGGUGCAGCACAAUUUGGAAUGCUGCAGGAAAGACUUGGCGACAGCACAGCAUGAGGCAACCAAGCGCAGUGAGGAGCUCGCAAAAGAGCAAGCCAUUUGGCAGGACCACGAGCACCGCUUUACCGAUGCGGCCUCCGAUGUCAGGCAUCAGGUGUCUGAAUUUCAAGAUAAGCUAAAGGUAGCGGAGACUGCCCUGGAGGAGUUGAGGUCGCUACAUUUGGAGGUUCUAGCAGAAACGAAGGACGAAAUCAAGCGCUUGGUUUCCGAAAAGGAUCGUCUGAAAGCUGAAGCCUUACGUCUUCAAGACGAGAACCAUCGUCUCCUUGGGCGCUACGUAGCGCGGGCGCAGCAAAUUCUUGAUGAGGCAAUUAAUCUUCCGGAUAAUAUUGAGGAGCUUAGGUUUCAGUACCUGAAAAUACAUGAGGACCUAAUCAAGGUGCAGUUGGAUAAAGAAAGACAGGAGGAAUCUCUACGGAGCGAAAUACUGUUCCUUCGAGAGCAAGCCACUUCAGAGCAACACUACAAACGGAAGCUAGAAGAAACGCUUACACAAGAGGCAGACAUGCUUCGGCAACAAAUAGGAGAUAUAGAAGAAGUGAGGCAACUGUAUGAAGCUGAAAAGAAGGCCCACUGCGAGAAAGACGCUCUGCUGCGGAAAACAGAAAUGAGGCUCAGUCACGUCAUCAGCGACACUGACGAGAGGAUUCAUGCGCUCGAGAAGUCAGCGGAGCAGAUGUCAAAGUUGAAGAGCAAAUUGGAAGAAGAAGUGCAGACAUUGAAAGGACGUGUGCAGACACUCCAGGCAGAGCUGGACAACAGUGAAGCUGUCCAGCGGGACUUUGUCAAGCUGUCUCAGUCACUUCAGGUGGAACUGGAGAAAAUACGACAGUCUGACAGUGAAGUACGGUGGCAGCAUGAAGACGACGUCAGUGAGUGCAACACUUGCAAGCGAUCCCUCCAUGUUAGGAAGGAAAAGCACCAUUGCAACCACUGUGGUAAAAUCUUCUGCGGGGAGUGCCUGAACAAAGUGGUGCGCUCGGGACCCAAGAUGCGCCCGUUUCCCGUCUGUAACGUCUGCCACACACUGCUGGACCACGAGACAGCCCCCUACUUCAGCAGCGAACCCCCUCAGAGUCCUAGCUAAGUCCCUCCCCCAAUCGCAUGGUAUUCGUUCUUCCCUCUUGCUUCUAGUCAGGUGUUUUUUGUUUUUUUUUUGUACAUUGACCAUUUCUGUGCUGCGCUGUGGAGUACAUGAAACAGACAUGCAGUACACUUUCAUACAGGAAACGACACUCUUUGCUAUGCUGUACGCUGUACAUAGUAGAGGCUGCAUGAUGUGCAAGCCCCUGUACAGGAUCUUUUUUUAAGACUCACUGAUGUUGGCACACGCUCGUACAUGCUGCUGUGAAACGGGGAGUGUGACGAGAGCUUGAAGUGCACGCCCGUGGUGUUAGUGAGCUCCCCCCGUUUUCUCACCGACAUCAUUGUACUUAUGACUGUACAGUUGAUACUUUGUUGCAGGCUGUAGUCUGAUAUCACGUGAUCAUUGCCUGAUGGUGUGAUGUGAGUUAUCGUCAGCCUUUGUACUUCGUGUGAAUGAAACUGUCCCAGCAAAUUUUGCUCUCAAAAUAUGCAGCAUCUAAUUCAUAUCAAUUUGGUAAGCGCUGAGGAACGGUAGGACAGUAACGUUUCUUGCAAUUUUCUGUAGUUGUGAAUUAUUUUCCUUUUAAUGUGAGCAGUUAGCUUCUUGACAAAAGCAUCCGUGCUAAGAAAAUGACCAUCCAUAUCUGACACCCCCCUGCAUUUUCCCUGUGGAUGAAGCUUGUUUUCAAACACAAGCUCUGUGCUGUGCAACCUGGAAAUGUUUUACCCUCAUGAAUUACAUACACAAUUUAGUCUCAAGUAGCGUUCAUUAAAUAAUGUUCUUAGUCAAACAUUGGUACUGUAUCCUAUCCAAGUGGCAAUGAAAGCGAAACAAGCAUUGUGGAUUCUUGUACAUCUUUGAACCGGCUGUGUAGAUGGGAGACGGAAGUAUUGGUCAACGUUAGUGUUCGUAUGUUGAGCGCUGUAAUGUAUGUCGGCUCGUAAGAUACGACCUGCACACACUGUUAACUUAGCCACUGUUGGUGCAUGUCGAUAGCUGGAGCACGAUGAAAAAGUGAGAAAACAAAAGUUUAUGCCCGUGUAUUUUGUGUUUUUGCUAGACAGGCUUAAAAAACAGUCGAAUUUUGUCAAAUAUGCGGAAGGCAUGCAGUUUUACUUGCAUUUAACUGCACAUCUUCUAGCAGCUUUGUCCAUGCCAUAUCUAACGACUCAGAAGAAAUCUUUUAAAUUUGACCGGCACCUGUAUUCUCUGUGUUGUUAUCUAUAGGUCAAGGGGGUCCCUUGUCAUUUAAAUCUUAUACAGUCGAACCUUUUUGCUUGUAGAAGGGAUCUGUGCCCACUUAUCUCUCUUGCAGUCGGUAGCCUUCUAAUCUUUUGCAAUCCUUUUUAGCUUUGAAAUCGAUUCACGACUGAUUCAACUCAGAAGGUGGUUUCCUCUUGAAAAAUCAUAGUUUUCUUUUUGAUAUAGUAUAAUCAAAGCUGCCUUCAAUAUCGAUGAGUCAUUCCAAUGCAUUUUCAAUCACAGCUAGAGCAAUGUGUAGCAUGUUCAUGAAACCGCUUGACCGCUUUACACACUGUUAUGCCUUGGUACACCAAGCAAGCAUACAAAUCCACAUUGGUUCCUAGCUGCCUUUUGAAGCUUCAGGGUGGCCGCACAUAAUCACACAUAUGAGCUUAUAUCCCUAUGUGCAAAUUUUGCAUUACCAUAUGUAAAUCAUAUGGGGAGCUUCAAAAAUACAUGGCAGAUUUUCUAGGCUUUUCUAGCAUAUACCGCACUAUUUAUCCAAGUUAUUUCUCAUCACCAUGUACUCUUUCUGUAUUCUGCAAGUCCAGAAGAGUUAAAACUGUAAUUUGCUGAAACUUCGGGGCUUUUUUUAUUUUUUGUUUUUUUGUGGAUAGUGCUGUCCUUUGUAUAUGAACAGCCUCAUGCACAGUUAAUUAAUACUUUGGAUAUGCCCAGCCUCAAGUGAAUGGGCGUGUAGUAACAGUGCUAGAAAAAAAAUUGGGUAAGGGUGAUGUUAUGCUACCAUGUACUUUUAUCUAAUAUUUCGUGCACCCUUAUUCAAUGCCAUCUCCUGGGCUCCGAGAUCUCGGGCAUGGAUCCAAGCAGUCUGACCUAAUUGUGCUCCGUGAUUUUCACUUUCUCUCUGCCACGUGUUGCAGCGUACAAUGGCCAGUUACCUACCUAAUUAUGCCAUUGUGUAUGCUGCAUUUCCGAGCAUCUUCCUUCAGCUUGAUGUCACUGGUGCAUGCGACAUUCCCAUCCUCACAUAAGGAACCAAACCAUGGCAUCCCUGACAUCGCAGAUAUGCAGGAAUUACUUUUCACAACUAACAGUACCCCGCGUUAGGAAAAGUGAGGUACGCUGAUAUCAAUAACCAUGUUCUGCCACUUUGUGAACUCACUCGCAGCAUUGAGAUAACCGCAAAGCUUUCCCACAAUAUAGUCUGUACGUGUGCGUUCAGAAUUGGGUUUCAAUUGUCUCAAGUGUCCAGAACAGAAUGCUAUGGGGAUAUUUGGUGUAGCAGCACUGCUACUCAGGUAUGUGGUCUGGAUCGCUGGAAUCUGCUUCUAAGCCUUCAGGUUUCCUACUGGCUGACAAAUAAUCAGCAGCAUUUCCGAAGCAAAGCUAGGGAGCCAUCUGUUAGCAGACUUGUUGUACCUCAAAAGUACGCUCUUGCAAACAAAACACUGCAAAAAUGCUCAUUCUUCAGACCUGGUAAAAGAUUGUUUCAAAAAUGGCUACUGACUACCCCACAGUGUUUUCUGCAAAGCAAAACUAGCUAGGAUAAGCAGCCACUUCUGAAAAGCCUACACUGCUAUGUGUUUAAUAAUGUGUUCAACUCUGCUUAUGCUAGCUUAUUACUUGCUUAUACUCAAUUCAUUUGGCUGAGAUUUAGGUCUUACAAGGGUAAUGGGAAGAAGCUCUUCCAGCAGUUCAGUGCUGUUUCUGGAUAUUGUAUUGUAUUGUCUGGAUUGUUUUACUGUAUGUGGACCCCUUUUUUUACAUGUUUUUAUUACAUUGAAACAAGCUGUGACUGACAAUGAUCUGUGAUCAUGGCAACGUCUUUGGCAUGUUUAUUGCAUGCCCCUGUGUGAAAUGGUUUGUUGAAGAACCCAUUAGUGUCACUGACACAUGGUUUCGAGAUACUGAAGUAGUAGGCACCUUGGAAAUUAGGCUUUGUGCUUUUUACCUGUGACCUUUUAUCAGUGCACAGAUGAUGCUGACACCUCUUUGUACAUUAGGUAUGUAGAUAAAUUUUUUGACAGUGCAAAAGAAUCGAGUGGGGACAGCUACCAUGGCACUCAAUAGAUAUGCAUUUGUGGGAUGAGGUAUGCGAUGGAGUGAGAUGCAAUGUAUUAUAAAAGAGUACCGAAGACACCUUGAACAAUUCUUUUGCUCUUAUCUGCUACUCUUGUGGUGAAUUCUGCUGGUAUAACGGGAAAUUAACAAGACCUGAACGCUGUCACAUGAUUUGUUGCAUGCAAACGUAACAACCCCUGCGUUUACAUUUUGUAUCCAUACUCAAUUUAAUUGUCGUCUGCUUUAGUAAUGGCCCUUUGCUGCUUUCUAGUUCCUCCUUGGUUAAUCAGUACCUCGUCACUUAUACUUUUAAAGCUGAACAAAAAAAAAAGAAAAAUAAAUCAUGGUAGCUGUCAGGUCCAUGCCUCACAGAUCUUACGAGGACACUCCAUCCUGGGAUCAUGCAGAAAAGAUUGCUUAAUGAUGCAUAGAUACACCAUUAGUGUGGUAUGUAGCAGCUUUGCAGUUGGAGUUCUUUGUCUUCACUGUCUGUUGAUUGUAUGAUAGCCGUCCAAUAAUUUUGGCAGCUUUUGGUGCGUGAUUGUACAUGUGUUUUAUGCCUUGCUUGUAAAUGAGCAAAGGCAAUCCUGUAUUGGUAAACACGAAUAUGUACACAUGCUGUGCAUGUGUUCAAGGCACUAGCAUCCACUUUGAUUUAGUAAGUCUGGGAUACUCGAGGGCAACAGGUAGUAUUGCCAGACCCUGUUGGUUUAUAUAACCACAGCUGCACCGCUCUUCUAAGGAAGGCUCUGAGGUGCUGCAUUUUAUCAUUAAAGUGUUAGCUCUGCUUUCCUUUAGUGAAGGAAGAAAGCUGAUAUAUUAUAUGAUAUGGAUAUGUUGUUAAUGAUUAGCACAGGAACACAUUAAUGUUGACGUUAUGGGCUUACACAUGGGCACGCAAAAGACAAACGGGCAAGUGGUUCUGUUCAUCUGGCAUGCUUCCUUUCAACAGUGGAACAGCAUCAGGAGCAUCUAUAAUACCUGCAUUCUGGCUAUACAAGCUAAACAAUGCAUGUGUUACGAAUACAAAGUGAAAUGGGGGAAGCUGGUUUGUAGUAACGUGGCAUCUCACAUGGCUCUUGCUCAAUGCAUAUUGGCAGUGUUGCUCUCUAGAGCUGUUAAUGUUUUACGAGCAUGUGAAAGUGUGCAUGGUGCAAAAGUAUGAGGUUGUACAUAAAAGUCUUGUUAUGGAAUGUUCCACGCUAUGUGAAUAGUAAGUUGUCAUUCCCCCUUGUGGGACACAUGAUCCAACAAUAAAGUGUCUUCUAGGACAGAUGGUGAAUUGA